CAUCAGUUGCUCCUAUCGCACAUCUACUUCCUAGUCUCCGACAGCCAAUCGCUUGGCCGUGAAUCCAACAACGUAAUUUACGGGGCUCAUCAGGCUAGGUUGCAUCGAGUCUGCAUUACUGGGUUCCAUAGAAAUCUUGACAGUUUCACAGGUGAGAGAGACGUCGUGGGUUAAGCUGCUAGCUCCGGGGUUGUUUUACUUUCUCUUUCAGUUCACCGGUCCUACCAUACGCUUCGAGUCUGGGGUUGCCACAGUCAAAAAACACGAACUCCAAGUCCUAUCACCACGGCACCAUGAGCAGAAAGAAAAAGGACUGGAAGACAGAGAAAGACAGAGUGUUGAAUAUGUCAUUGGAGGAGAGGCGUAAGGAGUACCGUCGGUCUGAAUAUGUACCUCUGGACCAAAUCAACACCUGGAAACAGUCUCAGAGUACAGAAGUGACAGAGGAAGAGGAAGGGAAGGACCUUCUGAGAGACAAAGUAUCUCUCUACAAGGGUGACAUCACCAUCCUCGAGGUCGAUGCCAUAGUUAACGCAGCUAACUCCAGUCUUCUGGGAGGUGGUGGAGUUGACGGCUGCAUACACAAAGCGGCAGGCUCCUGUCUGUAUGAAGAAUGCAUCACACUCAAUGGCUGUGAAACCGGCAACGCCAAGAUCACCUGUGGCUACGACCUACCGGCUAAAUAUGUGAUCCACACUGUGGGCCCUGUGGCCAGGGGACAUGUGGGUGAAACUGAGACCAAGGACCUGACAGCCUGCUACCAGAACUCGCUGGAGCUGGUCAAAGGGUUCGGACUGCGCUCUGUGGCCUUCCCAUGUAUAUCCACAGGAAUCUACGGUUUCCCCAACGAGCCCGCGGCAAAUAUUGCCUUGGAGACAGUAAAGAGCUGGGUCAAGGAGAACCAUGACAAGAUCGAACGUGUUAUCUUCUGUGUCUUCCUGGAGGCGGACUACAGGAUCUACAAGGAAAAAAUCCUUCAAGUCUUCCAAGAUAACGAUGUGACUACAGAAGAGGACACUGAGGAUGGACAGAAGGCAGGAGCAGGCAUGUCCCCUUCUAAGGAAUCCAGAAGCAAGAAUCAGAGUGAAGACCGCCAUGAUGACGAUGAGCUAGAUCCACCUAAAGAAGACGCUGACAACCAUACAGCCAUGGAGCAAGAUACCCUGGACUCACAGACAGGAGAAGCAGAGGAAAAGAAAGCUGACGAGAAGAGUGAAAAUAAAGAAAUGGAGGAUGCUACUGGAGAAGCAGAGGAAAAGAAAGCUGACGAGAAGAGUGACAAUACAGAAAUGGAGAAGGAUGCUACUGAGAAGGAUACAGAGAAAGAAAAGGAUACGGAGAAAGAGAAGGAGAAGGAGAAGGAGAAGGAGAUAGAGAAAGAGAUGGAGACAGACACCAGCGCUAGUGAACAAAUAAAUGCUAAAGUCGAGAGCUUGGAAGGAUCUGACCCAACUGAAACCGACAGCUCUCCGUCCAAAGAUCCUGUAGAUAAGAAGGAAUGAACAGCAGGAGGAGGGACAAUCAACCAGCCAACUGUGAAGAAAGAAAGGGCCACCACAUCAGUACCUGUGCCCGUAUGCCCUCUUAAACUGGGGGACCGGAGGCACAAGAACGAAUCAUUCACCAUGACAUAACUCAUUCCCCUAUUUUACAUGACUUUUUAAUUACUUUUUUGAAUCUUUAUUAUAAUGAAAUGAUGUCAUCUGUCAUCAAUGAAAUCCAUCAUCAAUCAA